AUGUAUAGGUCAGUGAAAACUGUGACAUAUGAGUCUUUGAACAACAUCGCAAGAUGCAUCAAUGGAGUAUCAGCUCUUCUUUUGACUGUUCUUCCUGGAAAGGCUAAUAUUCUUGAAGGACUCCAUGGAUGGGAACUCAGGCCCACACUGCGUGGACCACGUUUACCACGAUGGAUGCAUAAUGGGGUCUCUUCUUUCAAUCACUUCAUUCAUGAGCUUUCUGUGGAUUCUGAUACUUCAAGCUUGGAGUAUUCUUCUGGAGAAGAUAGUGAUGGUCCGUUGCCUGCAUCACCAUCAUCUCAAAGCUCACGCCUCUCUUGGGCCAGCGGUUCCGCAAGUUCUGAAUGCCACUGGACUGAGUGGAUUACAUUCGUUCUUUGGUGGUUGAUAUUUCCUUUACGGAUCUUGAUAUGGAUACCGCAGUUUUUUCUGCGUCUAUUCUUUAAACAAAGUUCAAGAACUCCUGGGAGCCCAAGAAGGAACCGACAUUCGUCUAGACCUCGUAUUAGCAAGACUAACUCAAGCAAAGACCAUGAUGUUCCCAACCGAGCUACUGAUAGAAGACGCGGAGUCGUUGAGGAUCUUCAUCUUGCUAUCGAGAUCUGCAUAGAAGCAAUAUUUGAUUUUUUUCACAAGGCUACACAUCUUCUUCUUUCUCCAUCGGAAGCUUUUGCAAUUAUGUUAUCAUGGUUCUCUUCUCCCAAUCGUAGCCGUAAAGAAAACCAUGAUGAUGUUUCAGAUGAUGAAACUGUGCAGACUGCUACUUUAGGAGAUGCUGAUCCAUCUCUUACAGAAAGGCCCACGCGCUUAUACAACUCCAUGAACACAGAUACUCGAACGUGUAGAGAUGUCAUAACAGAGCUGGGGUAUCCUUACGAAGCUAUUCGUGUUGUUACAUCUGAUGGAUAUGUUCUUCUCUUGGAAAGGAUACCAAGACGCGAUGCGAGAAAAGCUGUUUAUCUGCAGCAUGGGAUUUUGGAUUCUUCAAUGGGAUGGGUAUCUAAUGGGAUUGUUGGAUCUCCGGCUUUUGCUGCAUAUGACCAAGCUAGGUUCCUUAUGAUAGUGGAGAUUGGAGAAAAGGCUGUUUUGCCUGAGAUAUAUGCUUGCGAGCUAAUGUACUGGCGAUACUCCAUAAACGAGCACGGUACUGAGGAUAUCCCAGCGAUGAUAGAAAAAAUCCAUGAAAUCAAAACUGCAGAAUUGAAGCUCUGCCAACCUAAUAGCGAUGAGGAAAUCAACGAGGAAGAGCCUUAUAAGCUAUGUGCCGUCUGUCAUAGUCUAGGCGGUGCUGCAAUUCUGAUGUACGUCAUCACUCGCAAAAUCAAGGAGAAGCCACACCGACUCUCCCGACUGAUUCUACUUUCACCAGCUGGAUUUCACGAGGACUCCAACUUAGGUUUCACAUUGGUCGAGUACAUAUUCCUUUUUGUGAGUCCGGUAUUGGCUCGCAUCGUGCCUGCCUUCUACAUACCGACAAGAUUCUUCAGGAUGCUUUUGAACAAGCUAGCCCGUGACUUUCACAACUACCCUGCUCUUGGUGGACUGGUCCAGACUCUAAUGAGUUACGUAGUUGGUGGAGACAGCUCGAACUGGGUUGGAGUUUUAGGGUUGCCUCACUACAACAUGAACGAUAUGCCAGCUGUCUCUUUCCGCGUUGCACAACAUCUUACUCAGAUCAAACACACGGGUAAAUUCAGGAUGUUUGAUUACGGGAGCAGAUCAGCUAACAUGGAGGCUUAUGGCUCUCCUGAGCCGCUUGAUCUAGGGGAGUCUUACAAGUUCAUCGAUGUGCCUGUGGAUUUAGUAGCGGGAAAGAAAGACAGGGUGAUACGGCCUUCCAUGGUGAGGAAACACUACAAAGUGAUGAGAGAGGCCGAGGUUGAUGUAUCGUUUAAUGAGUUUGAGUAUGCUCACCUUGAUUUCACAUUCUCUCACCGGGAAGAGCUUUUAACAUACGUGAUGUCGCGGCUUCUGCUUGUGGAACUGACGCCAGUUCAACAGAGGCAGACCAGUCAGAAAGGCAUGAAGUUGAAGAAGAAGAAAAAGGAAGAGAUACAGUAG